AUGAAAAUCACUGAUAAUAGUGACUGUUAUGACAACAACAACAACACAUCUAUGGAUAACAACAAGCAAUUCAAGUGCUUUUGGCCUAAAUGUCGGUAUUUAAAACAACAUAAACGAACUAAUCAUCUGAAUAUAAAGCCAUUCAAAUGUGAUGUCGAUAACUGUGGCAAACAAUUUGCUAUUAAAUCUCAACUUUUAAGACAUCAACGAAAACAUACAGGAAUUAAACCAUUUAAAUGUAAUGUCAAUGAAUGUAAUAAAUGUUUUUUAACGUUACGACAACAUAAACGAACUAAUCAUCUGAAUAUAAAGCCAUUCAAAUGUGAUGUCGAUAACUGUGACAAACAAUUUGCUUUUAUAUCUGAACUUUUAAAACAUCAUCGAAAACAUUCAGGAAUUAAACCAUUUAAAUCACGUAAUCGCGUUUUAUUGUUGUUAUCCACACGUGUGUCAUUGUUGUUGAUGAUGUUAUAA